GUGUGUGUGUGUGUGUGUGUGUGUGUGUGUGUGUAUAAAAGCCUCUGUCUACAUGCUUUCACUUCAGUCUCAGUGCAAGACUGAAGCGAAGGGAGGGGAACACGACCAAAGGAGAUCCCUGUGUUACAGUGGGAGACAUUUCUAUGACCUUCUUCCUCACUUUCUCCCCCCUCUCCCGAUGUGUUUUGGGUUUCCGUCCUUUCCUCCUCCUCCGUCUUCUUCUUAAGCAUCUCUGCUCUGCUUGGACGGUGGCUGCAUCGAUGCAAAAUGGGUUGUGGCAAUUCCUCAGCCACCAACACCUCAGAAGGGCCAGCAGAAGUGUCCAAGGAUGUGACAGAAGAUCCUUUGGGAGACGAUGAGAAAAGAAGGAACUAUGGUGGCGUAUAUGUAGGUCUACCAGCAGACCUGACCACUGUGGCUGCCAGUCAGUCCAAGUCCACAUGUAAAGACUAGCAGAUACUGAAGGGAACACAACACAGGAUCCUGCAUAUUCAUUCAGCUAUAGACACUCAUAUUACAAGCAGAGAGCAUGUAAGUGCUCCUAUUCUGGCUCACCACACACUGAAUAAUGGCUUUAACACUGUCAUUAAGCAAGGAUGUGGACAGCUUGCCGGGGAUCUGAGGACACUGCCUCAUGGAGUCAUGGGUGGCACAGUGACUCAGGGACGCACAGCAGAGGUCUGCAUACGGCAUCCAUCAUCACCCUUCACUCUGCAAAAACAAAAUGUAAAAAAAUGUAGGCAUCGGAGCAGACAAACAUCCACCCUGUGACUGGCUCUGGGUGGCAGCAACGGGCAUUGUGACAACCAUCUUGGCUUCUUGGUGACGGCACUGGAACGUUCUCUUUCUUUCUCAGGAGGAGAAAGGGGACCCAACCAAAUAACUAACUAACUGUCUGGGACACACACACACACACACACACACACACACACACACACACACACACACACACACACACACAGACACACACACAUACAGACACACACACAUUCCCAACAGCCCUCUGCAAUAAUAAUUACUGCUCAGUUAUUUCUCUCAGAAGCCAUCAAUGAUUCAUUGUGUGGCAGAGGCAGAAAGUUAGAGAGACCGAGAGAGUUUCGCAGAAAGCAACAAACACAUUCCUGUUAAUGCAUCACAGAACAUCAAAGGGUUAUUGAAAAUAGAAUUGAUUUCAAUCAGGGACCUGCUGCAACUAAAGAGAUGGAAAAUGACACUGUUUUAAUGAUGAGUCUAAAUGCUAAUAACUAAGUUAAAUCAAGAGUGUUUUAAUCAACAUCCCAAAUGUCCUGAGUGCAUCAACCAGGUCGUACCUGGUGUUGUCACUUAACUUGUGCCCCAGACUGAUUGUGUAACAUCAGCAUAUGAGUCAUGAUACUUAGAGGAUCUCUCUCUCUCGCUCUCAUGCUCUCUCUGCAGCAUGUUGUUUUCCCCCUGAAGAGCUCUGAUUCUAGUGCUUCUGGGUAAUUCACACAAGUCUUUGCAAUCUUUCUCGGAAGUCACACUGUUCUUAUCCCACAACAUGAAAUGCGAUCUAUUGUGUAACAGCAAAAACAAAAAAAAACAUCUCAUUAAAUUAUGUUCAGUUGCAAAAAAUUGUGAAAAAAGGAAACAUUUAAAGAGAGGCUGAGGUGGUGGUUGUGUUUUAUCGUCCCUCAUUUUCUUACAGUUUAUUGACUUUGUUUUGUAACUGAUUCUAUUACAAUCUAUUUUAUAAAUGAUGUAUCACACUUUAUUGUGAACUUUGUUCUUCUGUAUGUAAUCCUUUAUGGAUAAAGCUGGUGCUUUGCUGUAUUUUUCUUAUUGUCAACAAGUCCCAUGAAGAGACUAUAUAUAUAAAAAUAAAAAUCCCCACAAGCUCGGUUUCUCUACCAGAGGCCUGGGAGCCUGAGGGUUCUGCGCAGUAUUUGUUGAAGCCACUCCCCCAGUUUGGGGGUUACAGCCCCGAGUGCUGCGAUUACCACUGGAACCACUGUUGCCUUCACAUUCCACAUCAUCUUUAGCUCCGAUUUAAGCCCUUGGUAUGUUUUCUGCCUCUCAUGUUCCUAUUUCUUGAUGUUGCUGCUACAUCUAUCACAACUACCUCUGGUAUGGACAGUUUGGUGAACUUCCUAGACCCGCUUUCCUCAUCCCUCCGAUCUUGAUCUUAGCUUUUAGCUGCCUUCUCCAUGCAGGGUACUAUGUUCAUUUUGUAGCCAAGCAUCUCUAGGAUCACUGGAGAUGCUUGGCUGUGUAUAUCAAUUUGUUGGUUUCAGUGAAAACAUCUUCAUCACAUCACAUCUUCUAUGAUACUCCUUCUCUUAGCCUUGUUAAUCGACCAGGUGGUCUCCAGGUAUCCAGCUCACUUAUGAUCAUCUCUCUCAACUCAGCUGCCCUUUACUUUCAGCUGCCCUUGUGUUAAGCCUGUCUUUUCUUGGGGCUCUGUACCCAACCUCGGAUUCUAGGGGGGAUGAUAUCCCCCCGCUGACCUUGCGUCCUGUCCUUGUUGACACGGGUGACGUCUGAGCCGGUAUGACAUUCCUGUUUCGGGUUUUGGUUUUAUGUGGCACUCAGCACCAAGCCCAUUCUUCCCACUGAAGAAAAAAGUCAAGGUAAAAACAUAAUAUAUAUUGUUACAUAUUAAUUAUUAUUUUCCCGGGCACUGUAGUUUUUAGCAAAUGUACCUUAAAGUAGUCAGGAAUGAAUAGUGCAUAUGGGACUAAAAAUAAUCUACAAUGCCCAUGUCCAUCAUCAUGGAGGAAAAUGUCACCUAGUACAACGGUGUGACUCAUUGUGUGUUUAAUCAUUUUUAAACAAUGGAGGGCUACAGAGGAAUAAGCUAUAUCAGGCAAAGGUUAUGUUAUGGCUGUAUAUUUGUAGGAAGGAUCAAUUCAUUGUUGUAGUCUUUUCCCUAUGAAAUCUGUUGACAAUCAGAAAAAUAUAAAAUAUCACCAGCACAGAGUCCCCAUGAAAAAACACAUUACAGCUGGGCGGGCAUUGAGGGCCAAGGUCAUUUGUCAGCCAGGCUCUUGACAGCUCUCUCUUCUUUUUUUUUUCAACAGAUUUUUAUGACAGCUCUCUCUUCUAAUGAAUGUACAACAUCCUCCACUCCCCAGGGCCCUAGACGAGGGUGGAAAUAGGCCAAUGUUAAACACUUGAGAUUCAAGAGAUGUUCUUUCCGCAUUACACAAAACGCUUUCCAUGCCUGUGUGUUUGUGUAGUCUCAACUGCUCAGUCGCAUAAAAACAGGGACUUCUUUCACCAUGCCUGAACACAAGCUUACUGUUUACUGUUCCUGUCUGUUUCUUUAAAAAUGACGCCCACUAGUUGCCAAGCUGUGUCACCGGUUAUCAGCUACAUUGAUACUAAGGGAUUUCAUGUACAGUAGUGUCUUUUACAAGUCGUUUGUCAGCUCAAAUUGUCACAGCGUUUACACUGUUCACCUGUGGUAGAGACAGAAUGUACUGCACAUACAAAGAUCUUCUUUAUGUAUAGUGUAGUUUACAGCAUAUUAUAAAAAGAGCUUCAGUGUGCCUACAGCACCACAGCACAUUGAUUUAGAACUGCACCUGAGACGUUAUAUUUUUGAUGUCCCUUUCUCUGAUGUCUACAUUUCCACGCUGCUGCUGCCUCAGUUUCCCCGCGUGAGUCCCUAACAGAGGCCUUUGGUUUUUACAGUGUGUCGUGCCGCCUGUCUCUCCCUCUUUUAUCAGUCCCUCUUUGCCCUUUAUGGUUGUUCCUCCUGUAUGGAUGUCAUUGCCUUUGCCCUAUUCAAUUAAUCUAACAGGGAGAAGGGGACAAAAUGUAGAUGAAUAACACAGUCUGAAGUCAAGUCCUCUGUAUUAAAAUGUUGCCUUGGCACAUUGUGGGAAUAGUCGUAAAAAGCUGUGCAUAUUGUUUGAAUGUUGUAGAGGUUGAGUAUGCUUAGAGAAGUAACGUACGUUGUAAAGGAGUUCGACAUUUUGGGGAAUACAUUUAUUUGUUUUCUUACCGAGAGUUAGAUUAGAAGAUUGAGACCACGUUCAUGUCUCAGAGUGGUAUCAAUAUUCUCAUCUAACUCUUGACAAGAAAGCAAACAAAGAGUCAAUUUGUAAAAACAGAUAAAAGCCAUUAUAAAACGGAAUAAAGGAAAGAGGAAAUGACUGAAAUGAUCAGGUUUGUUCAUUGUAGGCUAUUUUUCCUUGUGUCUUUCAUUCACACUGUACUUUUCAUCAUUCAUGCACAAAUGACCUGGUCCUCAUGAAUGUCAAUGUACUCCUUCUCAAAUCACUAAUCACCUUAUUCAUCAAUGAUGCUGACACAACUUGACUGCCGCUGUGAAACCCAUCCAUUAACAUCUGAUUCAGUUAUUUAUGAUUAAAGACUUUUAUAUUGUC